AUGCCAGAACACGUCGGUGUCUGGCCUCCCGCGUUGUCAGUCCAUCGUGCACGGGUUGCAUGGUCCGGGUCGCGCCGUUCAGGUCGCUACUUCUACAGCAUUUCGGGCCAGGCUGCCUCCAGCAUCAACAAGUACAGCCGAGCUGGACCCACUCUUGCCCGUCCGAUGCAGGUCGGUCGCAACCACAAUAAGUUGCUGGCCCAAUUGGCUUCGUCGCGCUGCCAUGCCCACCCACUACUUUUCCUCACUGUUCACACGGGGCUGCUGGGCUGCCUCUAG